GAUUAUGGAGCUAAGUGGUGAUUAGUCCAACUUUUGCCUUCCGGCGAGGAAGUUACAUUUUAGUGCAAAAUGUAUUUCUACGAUAUUCAAUCACUUGAACAAAAAGAACCCACCUUUUAAGGCAAAGAAGAAAAUUACCCUUAUGAAGCCAUACGAAAACUUGUUUCGUCGUGUCAAGUCUAAAAUGUCCCAAGUGGAGGGAGAAUCUGUCUGCCCAAAAACGAAAACAUUGGCACCUCUCCCACUCGAUUAUUGGACGAGCAUAACUUGAAAAAGGUUCUUGGCAUCCUCCUAAGGGAAAAGGGAAAAACCCAGAAACAGAGAUGCUCCUUGUUCCGCUAAGCUUUACCAACGCUACUAUUGGCCAAUUCUCCUCUUCUCUCAAGGUCCAUCAUCAGCUUCGUUUGGCUGGUACAUCUUCACAUGGCUGCUUGUCUGCCUCUGCUUCAUGGCGCCGAGCCACUUCAUCGGACUCUCAUAGUGAAACAUCUGAAUCAGCUGAUAGAAGAUGGGAUAGCCUUGGAUUCAAUCCCGUGCAAACGGACUACAUGUAUGUUAUGAAAAGUUCUGAAGAUGGAAGCUUUGCAGAUGGUGGCUUAAGACGUUAUGGGAACAUUGAAAUAAUUCCAUCAGCCGCUGUCUUGAACUAUGGGCAGGGGAUUAUUGAGGGUCUGAAGGCAUACAAGAAACAAAAUGGAUCUAUUAUACUUUUUCGUCCUGAGGAAAAUGGAUUGCGGCUGAGGGUAGGUGCGGAAAGAAUGUGCAUGCCUGCACCAACUAUUGAGCAGUUUGUGGAAGCUGUAAAAAGUACUGUAUUGGCAAAUAAGCGCUGGGUCCCUCCUCCAGAUAAAGGCUUUUUACACAUUCGACCUCUACUUCUGGGGAAUGGACCUGUUCUUAGUCUCACAACAGCUCCAGAAUGCACCUUUUUGAUCUAUGUUACUCCAGUUGGAAAUUAUUUUGAGCGUGGUUUGAAACCAAUUAAUCUGGUGGUUGAAAAUGAAACACGUCGUGCAGCCCCUGGAGGAGUUGGAAGCAUUAAAGCUAUAGGAAACUAUGCUGGGAUUAUUAAGGCACAGGCCGCAGCUAAAGUGAAUGGUUUCUCUGAUGUUUUGUAUCUUGACUCUGUUCACAAUAAAUAUCUUGAAGAGAUUUCUACCGCUAACAUUUUUGUUGUGAAGGAUGAUACAAUCUGUACCCCAAUACUAGGGGGGACAAUUGUUCCUGGGAUUACAAGAAAAAGUAUUAUUGAUAUUGCUCACAGCCAAGGGUUCCAGGUUGAGGAGCGACUUGUGUCGGUCGAGGAAUUGCCUGAUGCCGAUGAAGUUUUUUGUAGUGGAAAUGCUUUUUGUGUAUUGCCUGUUGGCAGCGUCACUUACAUGGAUAAAAGGGUGGAUUACGGAGACAGUGGAUUUGCAGUAUCUCAGCAGCUCUACUCAGCACUUACAAAUAUACAGAUGGGUCUUACAGACGACACAAUGGGUUGGACUACAGUGUUGCAGUAGAUACAUUCACUUCUUUCCUCGAGUUUUGGAAUUUGUUGAAAGAACAAAUGAUGCUCAAAGAACCUUUUAUUUUUCUUUUAAUUAACUUGAGUAUAUUAGUUGGCAA